AUGGACUUGCUUACCCAGCGAUUCUCCCACACACGAGCCCACAUCGUGCAUCAUCUAGAGGGGUAUAGUGACAAUAUAAUGGAGAAAAAGACCAGAUAUUAUCGCGAGAUAGCAAGAGCAUUGGAAGAGGAUGCUGAAAUUAUCGACUCUCUGACUCGAACCAUGAUCUCGGAUUCAGGCCAUACAUUACGCCUUCCUCUCUGUGCUCGUGAACGGAUCUCUCGAAUCAAGAACCGUCUGGAAAGCCUUCGCGAAAUACUCAUCCUAGAGAAAGACAAGCCGCAACAUGAAAUCAUCGCUAUUUUUGACAUGAUAAGCAGACAUGUUGGAAGGAUUAAACCGGUCGGCUCGCACAUUGCUGAUCCUUCUGCGGAUGCAAUGGAUCGGGAGAUUCGGGAACUUCAGAGAUUAUAUGGCACCAAGGGAUCUUCUGCUUCAACAAAUCAAGACUUAUGGCUGGAGUAUUGGGAAGCUUUGGAUUUUAGCGAUUCGUGGUGUGGUUGCUCCUACUGUAAGACUCGGUAG